UGAGCUAUUUUUUCUGUUUAUUGGGUUUUGUCUUUAUCUGUUUUAAUACAUCUUAGUAAUUAUCUUAGUAUUUUAGCGGGUUUUUUUAUAUUUAUUAUUUUAGCUGUAAUUGUUUUUUGUUGGUCAAGGAAGCAAAUUUAUGGAUUCAGAUUACAGGGUUAUUUGAGCUUUGUUGUUGUAUGAAGUAAGAUAUGGUUAGGGUUUUGAUUUGGUUUUUUAAUGAAAGGUUUAAGCUUUUUGAUUAUUGGUUGUGAUGAACAAAAAUUGGAGAAAUGGGUUGGUCUUGGAUAAUGGUUAUGAGAGUAUAGAUUUUGAUGUUGUUAUGAUUUAAUGGAGCUGGAGAACUUUGGAAGAUCUUGUUAGUGGUCCAGUACUAUGUUGGUUUGAGUGAGUUUGUGGAUCUGAAGCUACUGGGAAAAGUAUUUGUCAUCACAGUUUUUAUCUGAAUAUAUUGGACAGGUGGAGAUGAACAAUUUGUUUGGUUCUGAUCAUUUUCACAUUCUUGGUUCUUCAGAAAGUAAUUCUAGGCAAUAGAAUCUUGUGUGAGAUAUUGACUUUAAUGGUUUGAGUUGUGUUGUCAAGCCUCUGUUGGUGGGUUGAAUAAAGCCGCUGUUAAGUUUGUUUUUGGACAUUUGUCUGUUUUUGGAACUCUGAGGGGGUUGUUGUCUUUGUAUGUCUCCAAUUUUCUGAAGCUAUUAUUAAAUUUAUUCUCUUAUUUCUUUGUUUAUGCAGAAAGUUUUUUGUGUAUGCAGUUUGGUGCUUUUGGGUUUUCUAAUUCAGUUCAUGCAUAGAACUGUUUCACUUGGCCUAUCAUUUUCCUGAUUUUUGUCUGAACUAUGUGUGUUCUACUUGGAUGGAUAUAUAGGAAAGUUUGCACAGCUAGCUGUUACUAGUAUUUCAAGGUGCCAGAAGAUGGGGUCUAAUUUCAACUUCAAGAACUUUGGUGAUGCACCACCUGGGGAAGGCAAUGGUGGGAAGGCAGCAGGAAAUUUUACGUUGGCCCGGCAGCCUUCUGUAUACUCUCUGACGUUCGAUGAGUUCCAGAACACCAUAGGUGGACUUGGAAAGGAUUUUGGAUCUAUGAACAUGGAUGAACUUUUGAAAAAUAUAUGGACUGCCGAAGAGACUCAAGGCGUGACAUCUACUUCUGGGGCUGGAGAAGGAAGUGCUCCUGGGGGUAAUUUGCAGAGACAAGGGUCAUUAACUUUGCCACGAACACUUAGUCAGAAGACAGUUGAUGAGGUUUGGAAAGACUUGAUUAGAGAGACAAGUGAUGCUAAAUAUAAUACUGUUGCUAUGGGUUCAAAUUUGCCACAGAGACAACAAACUUUGGGAGAGAUGACUUUGGAGGAGUUUUUGGUGAGAGCAGGGGUUGUGAGAGAAGAUGUCCAACCAGUUGUAAGGCCUAAUAAUAGUGGAUUCUAUGGUGAAUUAUACCGUCCAAAUAACCACAAUGGUUUAGCUCCCGGAUUUCAACAACCAAGUCGAACCAAUGGUCUUUUAGGUAAUCGAGUUGCAGAUAACAAUAAUUCGGUUCUUAACCAGUCUCCCAAUUUAGCACUUAAUGUUGGUGGAGUUAGAUCUUCUCAGCAACAAACACAGCAGCUGCCCCCACAACAGCAGCCACUCUUCCCCAAGCCUACAAAUGUAGCGUUUGCCCCUUCUAUGCAUUUAACAAACAAUGCUCAGUUAACAAGCCCAAGAACCAGGGGACCAAUGACUGGGGUUGUGGAACCUUCUAUGAACACUGUUUUCACUCAAGUUGGUGGGUUUCCAGGUGCAGGAAUUGGAAUGACUGGUUUAGGUACUGGGGGCGGUGCAGUUGCAGCAAGAUCUCCCACAAAUCAGAUAUCACCAGAUGUGAUUGCUAAGAGCAGUGGGGAUACAUCGUCGUUGUCACCAGUUCCUUACAUGUUUAGCCGGGGAAGGAAGUCCAAUGGAGCUUUGGAGAAAGUAGUUGAGAGAAGGCAAAGGAGAAUGAUAAAAAACAGAGAGUCUGCUGCAAGGUCCCGAGCUCGUAAACAGGCCUAUACCUUGGAACUAGAGGCAGAAGUUGCAAAACUUAAAGAAAUGAAUGAAGAAUUACAGAGAAAACAGACAGAAAUAAUGGAAAUGCAGAAAGAUCAGAUUUUGGAGACAGUGAAGCGGCAAAGGGGAGGUAAAAGGCAAUGCUUACGACGGACAUUGACCGGCCCUUGGUAACUUGGAUGAAGUUGGACUGCAGAUGUAAGAUGAGUGCUUGAUUUACAAACAUAUAGGUAGUAUGGUACAAAGAUUGGAGCUUGUAUCUGUUAUCUGAAUCCAAUCUUAUACUAGAAACAGUAGGUAGCUGUCUGUAUAGGAGAGGAGUGGUUGAGUUGUAAAUUACAAACUACGGUCUCAUCUUGUAGAUUAAACUUUUGUAGUGGUAUGAUCGCUGUUUGCUUCUCAUUUUGAUUGCAGAGAGAGUCUAGGAUAAUUGAGCAAGUCAUGUGUAAACUAUUUUAGUAUUGUCCAUCUAAAUAACUAAUACAUUUCUGGCCUUCAUAAA